GGACGCCCUGCAGGCCAAAGAUUGGAAAUGAGCCGACAUUUAGCUGUGAGUUGGGCAAGGGAACAAAUUUGAAUAUCUAUCCGUUGCAACCUUAUUAUACCAACUUAGGCUCAUCCUCUUCCUCAACUCUAUUGGGUAUUUGCCUUAGGCUUAGCAUUUCGCUGGUUGAAACUAAAAUUGUGUAGGCAAGAACAAUGGCAGGGAAUCCAGAGGCUACUGUUUACAUUGGGAACUUGGAUGAAAGAGUGGAUGAGAAAGUGGUCUAUGAAAUAAUGGUUCAGGCAGGGCCAUUGAUAUAUCUGUACAUUCCAAGAGAUAAAGAAAGCAAAAAACACAAGGGUUAUGCUUUUGCAGAGUACCCAUCACAUUCAGAUGCUCAGUAUGCCAUUAACUUGUUUUCAGGCUUUGUUUGCCUUUAUAACAGGCCUCUCAAGUUCAGGAUCUCUGGUCAAGGUGUAGCUGUUUCGCAACAGUCAUCUGGACAGAUUACACAGAAAUGCACUGACCAGAAAACCCCAAACCCCGGGAGGGCCACUUCCAGCUCCCCAUCUGCUUCUUGUGGAUCUGACUAUUUGUAUGGCAAUGGCAGCCCUGGAGGCAGAAGAACUGAAUCUCACAUGAAGGUUUCUAAUUACAGAAAGUCUCCCCUGUCACAGAAUCCAUUAGUUGCAGAGGUCUUGAGAUAUAACACUCGGAUGGCAGCAGUAUGUCACAGGGGUGUGGGAUCCUCUGUCUCGCCUUGUGCAUUUACUUAGUAUCCAGCUUCCAGCUUUAACAGAUGUAUACGAUCCAGAAAGUUUUGUAUCAUAUAUAAUUGUAAGUAAAUUUACAUAUAGUAUGACCAGUCUGAUUUUCGAGGAGUUGAGGCUCAGAGAUCCAACAUAAAGCCCAAAUAUACUAGCUCUUGUGUAGCUAUCCAGAUUGGAUUGAUGUUUUAUUUCUUUUGCAGAGAUAUGUUCUCUAGCAUUCGAGAUCUCUAGAGUUGGAAGGGCUCUUCUCUCAAUAGUAUUCAUAAGUUUUGAGAAAGAAUAAAAUGAUCUUUGAAGAUAAUAAUAUUACA